AAAUUCUCUUGUACUUAGCUUUAUUGUAUUUCAUCUUGUUUUGGCAUCACCUAUAUCCCGAACGCAGGUGUAAGAAAUCACAGAAAACAUUACACAUGUUAUAAACAUGUUAUAAAGAUGCAGUUAGACAUAAAUGAUGAUUUUCAUAAAGAUUUGGACAACUUCUUCAAUCUGUACUAGUCUUGGCAAACUAAAAUGUUCUUUUAGAUGUCUUUAAAAAAUCUGAACAUGUACAGUAUAAUAAAACAGACUGAAUAAUAUGAAGAGGAUCAAGUGAAAAAUAACUAACCUACUUUACCUAAGGGACACAUUUCCAAGUGCCAGUUGCCAUGUGUGAGGUAGUGAGGGAGAAGGAGCAGCUGUAGUGAACUGUGUGUCAGAAAUAAAUAAAAUGGAUGUAAAGCACAGUUACAAUCUGAGAGCAGAGAGCUGUCACAACCAUUGCUCUUUAAAGGUCUCUGAUGAUGGAUGUCUACGAUGAAGAAGAACUUUGCUUUCCACAGCUAAUCAACACCUCCUGCAGAAAGCCAACAAUUCCAAGGGUCACAGUUGAAUUUCUGCAGUUUCAGCUCUUUUUCAACAGUGUGUUCACUGUGACACUUAAUAUGCUUGUUAUCAUCUCAAUCUCUCACUUCAGGCAGCUUCACAAAACCAGCAACUUCCUGCUCCUGUCUCUGGCCAUCUCAGACUUGAUGGUAGGUCUUGUUUUUUUUCCAGGUGAAACUGCCAGACUAACAUCUUGCUGGUUUUUUGGUGAUAUUAUGUGUUUACUGUACUUAUACAUUAUAAGUCUUAUCACCCUUGCCUCGGUUGGAAACAUAGUACUGAUAUCUGUUGACCGCUAUGUGGCCAUCUGUGACCCUCUGCGUUAUCACAACAGAAUCACUGUGACAAGAGUACGAAUAUGUAUCAGUCUAUGCUGGCUUUAUUCAGCUUUCUACAGCAUUACAUUUGUGAAGGAUGGGCUAAAUGAAGAAACAAUUCAAUGCCAAGGAAAAUGUGUGUUUUUUGAUUAUAAUACUUUUGUUUUUGAUCUUGUAUUAUCAUUUACCAUUCCAGUUACUAUCAUCAUAGUUCUCUACAUGAGAAUAUUUGUAGUCGUUGUUUUUCAGGCUCGAGCCAUUCGCUCUCAUGUCACAGCUGUUUUCCUGCAGUGUUCAGUGACAGGAAGGAAAUCUGAACUAAAAGCAGCCAGGACUCUUGGUAUUUUAGUGGUUGUGUUUCUAAUAUGUUACUGUCCUUUUUAUUGUGCUGCUCUUGGAGGCGACAUCUCAUUUAACACAUCUGUCACUGUGCUCUGUCUUUUCAGCAUCAACUCUUGCCUUAAUCCUUUGAUCUAUGCUAUGUUUUAUCCCUGGUUUAGAAAAGCAAUGAAACACAUUGUAACCCUAAAGAUAUUACAGCCUGGGUCGAGUAAGAUCAACAUAUUGUAGAAAAAAGGGCAACUAUAAGAAACUAAAUAAAAUAGCAGAUUUUCAUAGCCUGGAAAGCAGCCAUUUAGGUUCAGUAGGCAUAGACAGGUGUUUCUCACUUCACUGUUUUUUUUUCAUGAUUUUGUCAAGAGAUUCAUAAUGUGGCAGAAAUUAGCCAGUUUUGAAAUUGUAGGUCAGUAAUGAUCAACUAAUAUGGCCCUGGACACCAUUCCAUGUGAUUCCAGAAGUUGUACAUUGUUCACAAAUUAAGUGUAACCUAAUACAGUAUAAGCCUUGCUCAAUUGGCGGUGACUUAGAAACUUAGAGUUCUCACUCACACAUCCGACUAACACUAAAAUAUUGGAGCCACAAGACAUUGAAGCCAAUGGCUAUUUACCAGCAUGGCAAUUCAGCUCUCUAGGUUAAGAGAAGUAGUUCAUCUGCUAACUUGAGUUCAUGUAUUGGCAUUAAUUGUUCAUUUUCUUUAUUUUUAAUGUCAAUCUCAUUUAAAUGUUGUUGAAACACUUGCCCCA